AUGGAGUCGGAAAAUGAAUUGGAGUACGAGCAGCCGUUGGAUUUGGGGUUGCUGAUCGAGUUAAUCCAAAACUAUGGUCACCUUCAUGACUUAUCUAAUAGGGACUAUAAAAAUGUAAUCAAGAAGGAAGAAUCCUGGAAGGAAAUCUCCGAGAUGAUAGGUGUUUCAGAACCAGACUUGAAAAAAAUCUGGAAGAAUUUAAGGGACAAAUAUAUGCCGGAGAAGUAA